CACAGCCAGGGGCCACAUCCCACUGCCUGCCCAGCAUCCAUUCAUGGAGGUGAGCACCGUGUCCCCAUCUCCUGCCUCACCCACUGAAGGAGAUAAUACAUGUGGGAUUGAUAUCACCGAUGCAGCUAUAGGUGGCAUCAUGCUGCUCAUCUGCCUGUGUGGGCUGGCUGGGAACGGGGCCCUCCUCUGCCUCCUCAGCUUCUGCAGGAACCCCAUCACAGUCUAUAGCUUCCAUUUGGCGGUCGCCGACUUCAUCUUCCCGCUCUUUGCGGCCACCUCCCUCGUGCUCCACCUGCUGGAGGAAGUUUCCUGCUACACUAUUACACUCCGGGAGUACCUGAGGUUGUUUUUCCAGCUCUCGCUGUUCUCUUAAACCAGGGGGCUCUACCUGCUGACAGCCAUCAGCAUCGAGAGGUGCACAUCCAUCCUCUGCACACUCUGGUACCGCUGCCACCGUCCCCGGCACCUAUCAGGGUUCAUGACUGUCCUUCUCUGGACCCUCCCCUUUGUUACAGUGGUUAUCCUGUGCCUGGCACUGAGGCCACAGCACUGCCUGGUGUCUCUCAUCUCCAUGAAUGCCCUCAACCUCCUGCUCUUUGCUCCAGCCAUGCUCAUUUCCAGCACAAUUCUCUUCAUUAAGUGUGUCUCCCAGCAGCAGCAGCAGCAGCAACCCAAGAGACUUGACAUCGUUAUCCUCCUCCCUGUGCUCUUCGUCCUUCCCUUCACUCUCCCGCUCAGCCUCUGGAGUUUUCUGCAGCAGUUCGGCUACACCAUGCUGUCACCCCAAGUGGUUUUCCUGCUCGCCUGCAUCCGCAGCACCAUCAGCCCCUUCAUCUGCUUCUUGGUGGGGAGCUGCAGGAGGCCCUGCUCCAUGGAGGGUUGCAGCAGGCCCUGCUCCAUGGGGUCCCUAAGGAAGGCCCUCCUGAGAGUUUUUGGGGACACAGAAGAGAACAGUGCCGGCAGCAAUGAUCCCGUCAUGGACACUGUGCUCUGA